UGCGCGUCAAAGAUAUGGAAUUAAAAUGCUCGAUUCAAAAUUAUUUAUGGGGAAAACAAGGUCUGAACAGUAUUGUAGCUGCACUUAUGAAAUCAGCAGAUCCAGAAUUUAUUCCAAAAAAAGAAGUACCCUACGCUGAACUUUGGAUGGGAACGCAUCCAAAUGGCCCUUCCUUUUUAAAACAUCAGAAUAUAUCUUUAAAUGAAUAUAUACAAAGUAAUAGCAAUAUUCUUGGUAAUAAAGUGGAAGAAAUAUAUGGUAAAAAAUUACCAUUCUUAUUUAAAGUAUUGUCAAUUAAUAAAGCCCUAUCAAUUCAAGUUCAUCCGAAUAAGGAGCAAGCAGAGAAAUUGCACGAAGCACAACCAGAACUUUAUAAAGAUGCAAAUCAUAAACCAGAGAUGGCUAUUGCGCUUACAGAAUUUGAAGCCCUUUAUGGUUUUCGUCCCAUGGACGAAAUAUCCUUUUAUAUACAAAAGAUACCUGAACUUCGAGCAGCUAUUGGGGUAGAUAAUAUUCCAAGAUAUAAUUCAAGUAUCGAGAAAGAAGUACAAAAUGUAUUAAAAAGUUGCUUUACAAGCCUUGUAACACAGUCUCCUCAAAUUAUAUUUGAACAACUAUCAAAAUUUAGGAAAAGACUAUCUAUUAUGGAUGAAGAUAGACAGUCGCUACACGCUGAUCUCAUUGAACGACUACAUUCAGAUUAUCCAGGCGAUGUUGGUUGUUUUAGCAUUUACUUUUUCAACUAUAUAAAAUUACAGCCUGGAGAAGCAAUAUAUAUUGGAGCUAACGAACCUCAUACGUAUCUUUUUGGUGAUUGCAUAGAGUGCAUGGCUUGUUCAGAUAAUGUUGUACGAGCAGGUUUAACUUCCAAAAUAAAAGAUAUUGAAACUCUUGUUAGCAUGCUGACUUAUAUCGGUGAACCAGUAGCAGACAAAAAAUUUAAGGCAUUAAGAGAGGACGAAUGCACUCAAAUAUUUCGACCACCAAUUCAAGAUUUUGCUGUUGCUAAAAUCACUAUUGCUCCAGAAAUAUUAUCAUAUAAUUUAAUUCAAAGAAAUAGUGCCAGCAUUUUGAUUAUAAUUGAUGGAAAGGCAGAAAUUCUUCAUUCUCAAAUUCUUCAUCGCGUUAAUCCAGGAUCAAUCUUAUUCAUAGAAGCAAAUAAAAGUGUCAAUAUAAAGAUGCCAAGUAAUUCUGCACCAAUGUUAAUUUUUCAAGCUUUUGUAAAUAUUUGAUAAAUAAUUCAUUGUUA